GUAAGUGUCAAGCGCUUUGACUGUUUCUCGUCUUGAUUGAGCACUUCAUGCAGCUUGGCUCACACUCUGAAACUGAGAUUUCUUAUCCACUGCUUCAGGUGUCAGUGAGGCCUUUACCCCAAAGCUGGUGUUGGUUAGUGCAGACACACCCUGUGGAUAGCGGAGCCCAUUUGUAGUCAAAUAAUCACCACAACUGGGGACCAAAAAUGGAGAACAAAACAUCAGGAAUGAGUGAGGGCCUCCAUGUGAACUGCGGUAUGUCUGGAAGACACAGCUUCAUCUUCACCUUCAUCCCUGUUGUCUACGGAUGCAAUUUCGUCAUCGGGAUCAUUGGCAAUAGCAUGGUGGUAGCUGUCAUUUACCGCUACAUGAAGCUGAAGACAGUAGCAAACGUGUUUGUGCUCAAUCUAGCUAUAUCAGACCUCACCUUCCUUAUCACGCUACCUUUGUGGGCCACUUUCACAGCUAUGGGUUACCAUUGGCCGUUUGGCACCUUCCUGUGCAAGGCAAGUGCCGGAUUGGUCAUCUUCAACCUCUACACUAGCAUAUUCUUCCUCACCGCUCUUAGCAUUGACCGAUAUCUUGCGAUCGUACAUCCGGUGCGCUCCAGACGCCAGCGCACACUUUUCUACGCUAACCUCACAUGUGUACUCAUAUGGCUGUUUGCCUUGCUCCUCAGUGCACCUACUGCACUAAGCCGGGAUGUGUAUGACAUUGGGAACUCUACAUUGUGCGCUGUGUGGCACCGCAGUGAGCAGAUUAACUUGCUUGUUACCCUUAGCGUGCUAAAAAGUGUGCUAGGUUUCCUUGUGCCUUUCCUUGUCAUCAUUACCUGCUAUUGCCUGAUCGGUCGGGCACUUCUGGGUUCCAGGGGUCUGUUGAGGAAAAGCGUUCGCUCUCGGGAAGAUGAAACUCUACGUAUGAUAGCCGCUACUGUGCUAGCUUUCUUUGUUUGUUGGGCUCCUCACCAAGCUUUCCACUUCAUCGAGCUGCUGGCCACGCUUGGCGUGGUGGAAAACUGCCAAACACUGGAUGUUAUUGACACAGCCAUGCCGUUUACCAUCUGCAUCUCCUAUUUAAACAGUUCUAUAAACCCCAUUCUUUAUGGCUUUGUUGGACACAACUUUCACAAGAACCUACUGAGAUUACUUGGAUGUGGGUCUGGACAAUCUAUCAAUAACUUUAGCAUUAGUUCAAAGAUGAAUGUCAAUUCCCAUUGUACCUCUGGUCUGCUCAAACCAACAAGUUCCUAGAACGAUUCAACAUCCACUGUUAAGACGUCUUAAGUGCAAAAGGCAUAGCUGAAAUUCUGUAUUUAUCUUUUUUGGGAUUUUAAAUGGUACUACAAGAUAUUUUUGAUCAGCCGACAACAUACAUGGCCAAUGCACUGCUAAAGCACAGUUCUGCUAAUUAUAGUAGUUACAUGAGUUACUGUAUGUUAUGUUACUGUAUGUUACAAGGGGGGCGAUAUAACUGUUUUCAAAUGUCAGUGCCAUUAACCAAGAUGUGUUAUUCUGCUAUAAAUAUAUUCAC